GUGAUGCUGCGCUGGAGUCAUGAUUUUUUUCUCGCAAAAAAGAGGGGCGGGACUACAUCACGACACGCUGGCGUCGUCGACUCUCAUAGGCCGAGCUGAAACGGGAGAAAUCAUAGCGUGUGGUUACGUGCCUUGUUCCUCGCAGCCCCCUGCAAGGGAAGAAUUGUGUGAGGCAGUGCUACCUAAGAGCCCUGCUGCAGGCCGUAGAGGGUUUCCAGCAGUCACGACAGCUGGCGGUAAGGCAGAAGCACCACCUGACUCUCCCUCCCUCUCUUCCUCCUCCUCCUCUCUGCAUCCUGCAGAUUCUGAAUCUUAGAAAUCACCCUUGACAACGUGAGAGCAUCUAUAACAUCUUUGGGAAGAUGGAAGGCCAGGGAAAGCAAGUAACGGGUUAUCUCUUGUUCUCGCUGGGCACGGCUGUCAUCGGCUCUCUGCAGUUUGGUUACAACACAGGAGUCAUCAAUGCUCCGGAAGAGAAACUACGGUCGUUCUUCAAUCAAACCUGGUUUCAGCGUUACAACGAGCCCAUCAGUUCAGGGGUUUGUACCAUCGUCUGGAGCGUUGCUGUUGCCAUCUUCAGUGUGGGCGGCAUGGUGGGCUCCUUUAGUGUGGGCGUCAUGGCCAAUAGAUUUGGCAGACGGCGCUCCAUGUUCCUGGUGAACAUCCUGGCUGUGAUCGGAGGCCUCCUCAUGGGGUUCUCCACCAUCUGCUACUCCUACGAGAUGGUGAUUGCGGGUCGUCUGGUCAUUGGCCUGUUCUGCGGUCUGUUCACCGGGCUGACUCCCAUGUACGUGGGGGAGGUGUCACCAACACCUCUUCGUGGAGCAUUUGGUACUCUGCAUCAGCUCGGAGUGGUAGUGGGCAUCCUGAUUGCUCAGAUCUUUGGUCUGGAGGUUCUGUUGGGUUCUGACAAGCUGUGGCCCCUGUUGCUGGCCCUCACUGUGGCCCCUGCUGUGCUGCAGUGCAUCUUGCUGCCCUUUUGUCCUGAGAGUCCCCGCUUCCUUCUGAUCAACCUUAAGCAAGAGGAACAAGCACGCAAAGCUCUGGUUCGUCUACGUGGCACGGAGGAUGUAAUCAAAGAACUCCAGGAAAUGAAGGAGGAGAGCGCUAAGAUGGCAAUCGAGAAGAAGGUGACCAUCGCUGAGCUGUUUCGCUCCGCGGCCUACAGGCAGCCCCUCCUCAUCGCCGUCAUGCUGCAGCUCUCCCAGCAGCUAUCAGGAAUCAAUGCUGUGUUUUACUACUCCACAGGGAUCUUUAGAUCAGCUGGAGUGAAACAACCCAUCUACGCCACAAUAGGAGCCGGAAUUGUCAAUACUAUCUUCACCGUUGUUUCUCUCUUUCUGGUGGAAAAGGCUGGACGAAGGACUCUACAUCUCCUAGGAUUGGGAGGAAUGGCCGUCAGUGCCUUGGUCAUGACAGUUUCCCUCCUGUUGACGCACAUUGCAGCUAUGAGCUACGUGGCAAUCCUGGCUGUCAUGCUUUUUGUGGCUAUGUUCGAGCUGGGUCCCGGUCCCAUUCCAUGGUUCAUUGUGGCUGAGCUUUUCUCCCAGGGGCCCCGUCCUGCGGCCAUGGCUGUAGCAGGAUGCUGCAACUGGACAGCCAAUUUCCUUGUAGGAGUGAGCUUUCCGAAACUAGUGGAGUGGUGUGGACCCUGGGUGUUCCUCAUCUUCGCUGCCUUCCUCAUCAUGUUUUUCAUCUUCACAUUUAUCAAAGUCCCAGAGACAAAGGGAAAGACAUUUGAUGAGAUCGCCCGUGAAUUUGGCGGCACUCUGCCUCCUGCCACCUCUUCCACUGAGGAUCCUGGUGCCACUUCCAGCACUGCCAUAACUCUUCAAGCCUCUUCUCCUGAGAAAGAGAAGGUCCCGCUGGUGGAGGCGCCGGCAGCUGCUGCUGCAGCCACUCCUGCAGCCGCUACUCCGGCAACCGAAACCACACCCCUUAAAGAUAAAUCCGGCGCACAAGGGGAGCAGGUGUAGACAGGUUUUAAAUUGGGGAGAGAAAUUACAAGUAAUGGAAGAAUCACAGAAUACAAACAUACUGAAACAGAGGAAUCAGUUUCAAUGUUUCUCUCCAACUUCAUGGUACAUUCCUGAAAUCAGCUGCAUCCAUUUAAAGGGUGAGUCAAGAUCAGUGUGUCUCAAGUCACGAUGACACUCAGAUCUGGUAACUUGAAACUAAAAUAUGGGUCAAAAAUGUGAAGCUAAUUUGUUCAUUAAUGCAGUUUAUAAGCAGGGUGACAUAAGAUGAGUUGAGUAGAUUUAAACAUAAAAAGCAGAGGUCGGUUCCAUGUCAUAUGAAUUAGUUGACAUGAUAAACAAAGAUCCACAUUUAAACAAAAUUAUUUGUGUAUUUUUUUAAGUGUCAGAUGACUUAAUGCGUAUUUUCCCCUGGUUUAACUCCUUACAGUAGGUUGUUUGGCCAGUUACUUGUUCCCCACUCAGACUGCAGGUCUAAUAGAUCUAACUUGUGUGCUUCACCUUUCACUUGUUUGCAUUACCAAAGUGAAUAACCACUUGAUGAACACAUCUAACCUCAUAAUGUAGUCUGCAGCAGCUAAAGGUACUAAAAUGCAUCAUUGUUGUUCAAAUUUUAACAUAUGCAAUCAUUCAUUAUUUAGUAGGGGUUUAAUUACUGACUCACAUGGUUGUGCGUUGAUAUGUUGUCAGCCUAUUUAAGUUCUGAAUGCUGCCAAAAUGUAACCAUAACCAAGAAAUUGAGAAAAUAGACAUAACAGUUUCCUCAAAGAACUUUCACAUAGUCAUAUACAUGUGUACAAACACAAAUACAGCUUUAUUAAGAUUCAUAUAUGUGGCCUAGAAAAAUAAAAAUAUACAACACCCUUCACAGUUAUGGGCACACAUUUGCUUUAAUUAAGAUUAUAUAAAUUAGUCAUUAAAACUUCCUACAGGCAGUCUGAUUUUGUUACAUAGGGAUUGUUUUGUGUGUCAGUUAUUGUGGGACUAGAGAUUUUACUGAUGUUAAACCCUGUUAUUUUUCUAAUGUUGGAUAUUUUUCUCCAUUUAUUUAAGGAGCUUUGAUUAAAGGAUAGAUUUUUAUCAUUUCAGUGUGAGAUUACCAUGUUACAAGAAAAACCUUAUUUAUUUUUAGGCAUUUCAUACAUUUUUACAAUAGGUGACAGUAAAGGUGGUGGGUGCUGUAUGUGCAACCAUAAAUAAUCAGUUAGUCAUUUGUCAGCUGUUCUUCUAGAAUCUAAUUAUUGCAACAGAGAAAUUUUAUGACAAAUAGUUGUAAUGUAACAAUAGGGCAACAGACAAAAAUAUAUUUAUUUGCUGAAAGAAAGAUUAUUUAUAGGACUGUGUAAGAUCUAAUUUUUUUAUUAAUUAUUUUAGAUCAUAUAAAGAAAUGUAAGUGCUUUUCUGGCUUCAAGAGAUGAAAAGCGAGUUUUGGACUUUUGCUUUCAGUUGAGAAGUAAUUGAAUUACUUAAGGGGAAAUUUUAGAUUAGUGCAGGAGUGAGCACUCUUGGUCCUCGAGGGCCGGUGACUUGCAACUCUUAGAUGUCUCCCUGGUCCAACACACCUGAAUCCAACAGCUGAAUCACCUCCCAAGUGCAGUCAGGUUCUCCAGAGUCCUGCUAAUGACCUCUUUAUUUGACUCAGGUGUGUGGAAGUAGAGAUGCGUCUAAAAGUUGUAGUCAGACAAGCUUUAGAGUUACUAUUCAUACUAUAAGCAGUAGAAGUAAUAAGCACCACCAUUCUUUCCAUCAAACUAACACAGUGCUAAUGAUCUGCAUUUACAUUAAUAAUAAUAACCAUAUAUCUAAGUAAGCUGUUAGUAGAACAGAUAAAGACUGUAUGAAGUGUGCAAUCACUAUUGAAAAAUAACUUACAGCAGAGAGAGGCAACUUAUUGGGAAGUGCUAAUACUCUAUUAAUCCUGACAUUAAAGCUUUCAGUGAAAUAUCCAACUAAUGUUAGUGUUUUAAUAGAUAAUUAUGUCUGAUAUUACCUUAUUGUUUUGCAAAGCAGGAGACUAAUUCUUAAAAUGAAAGGAAACAGAUCUAUGAGGAUUAUUUUGUGUAUUAACCAAAGUAAAAGAAUGUUAAUUUAAAAUUACACAUACCGCAUUUUUAAUCAUUAGAGCACUUUUUAGAAUUAAAAUAGUAUAUUUUUUUAAAGGUGGAGUUUUAGUCAGAUUAUAUAAAUUUGAAUUUAACAAUCAGAAAAGGUCUUACAGGAGAGUUUUCAAGCAAUUAGUUUAUUUUUGUUUGAAAAGCUUUAUUACAGUCUAAAGGUUGUGGGGUCGGUUGUAGGAAUUAUGAUUAGCUAUUUUAUUUUUCUAGACUGCGUCUGUUAACACAUUUAAAAAAUAUAGCAGAUUUCUAACAUGACCUACUAAUAGGAUCCAAAAAUACAAAAUCUUCAAAAGUCUACAAGCUGAGAAUGUAAGGCUCUGAAGUCAUUUUUUCUCAGAUCAGUAAUAAUUUUGUUGUUUCACAAGAAUUUUAGCUUAUGUCUUCUCAUCAUAACCUGCAUAUUUCAGGCAAACAAUGCUUGUUUUUUAUACAUUUCACACAAUUUAAUUAUCUCAACCAAAAAUCUGCACUGUUGUAUGAAACCUAAUCUAACUUUUUGUCAAGUAAUUGUUAAUAUAAAUGUAGUGACAACAACAACCAUACCCUACUAUUACAGCCAAAAAACGAGACUUUAUAUCUCUACACAAAAAAACAACAUAGAGUAAUCUUAAACUUUGGCCUAAUUACAUCUGUGCCCGUUAGUUUUAUUUUUGAAAGCACAAAUGCACUUAACACAGUUUUAAACAUGUGUUACAAAGUUUCUGGAUAGCCAGCAAAUACUUAAGUCAUUAUCUUGGACCAGCUGCUUCUCACCAAUGAAAUCCAAAUCUCUGCUAAGAAAUUAACAGCAGCUUUCAGAGACUAUUAUAUUUCAAAUAUAUUUAAAUUACUAUGAAGAGUAGAAGGAUUUAUUGUAAGUCAAAAUGUAUUUUAAGCUUUGUGUGUGGUCCUAAUCCUGUCUGCGCUGUGACACUUUGCGUUGUUUAGUCUCAACAGAUUUAUGAAAUGUAUAUCUAAUACCGUAUGAUAUGUGACAUGUGUAUGUGAGUAACACAAAGUAUAUUUUAUUUACUCUGUUAUUGUGUGGAUUGCUGUUGCUACUUGAACUCUAUUCUCACCCUUGCAGACCAUUUAUUUAUUUAUUUCUGUAUAUUAUGAUGGAAUUUACACUUAAAGAGGUGUACCUUGAUAAAGUAUCAAUAAAGAGAUAAAGUAUUUAUAGAGAUAUUUAAGGUUUAAGCCACUUGUAUAAUUUUAGGACAUAACUUUGUAACAUUGCUGAUAUUUAAUUUCGAUUGGAUGUCAGGAGGCUUAUUAAGUGGAUUAUUUUUUUCACUGGAAAUAGAGAAUAUAAAUCCAUGAUAAUGGUGUAUUUUCCUGUAAUUGUGGAUGGUGAUAUUGUGUUUGCACUGAGGGAGGAUUGUUGUGCACUCGUGUCUAGUCAAGAUUAAUGUUAUAGUCAGUGUUUCCUGUUGAGGUGCUGCUUCUGUCUUUGGAUAUUCGCACACUAUUCCUUUUUUACCCUAACAAGGAUUUCACUUCUAAAUUCAAAAUGCUUGUUGUUCCACGUGUUGCUAUUGCCUUUUGUGAUGUCACAAACUCAGAAAAUUCUAAGCAAGCAAGUGGAGGAAUAUGUUUAUAAUAAGGGAAUAUGGACACAUUAUUAAAAUAUUUCAUUUAUAUUAUUAUUUUUAUUUUUAUUUUUUACCAAAUUUUCAAAAGCAAAGUUGUGUUACUGUUUCAAACUUGGCAGCAUAUGACUCAUGGAUGGAGCUGUUUUUAUUAUGGUGGCUAUUGAUUGAAUUGGCAAUACUAAAACAUAAACUUCUGCAAUAACGAAUUGGCUACUAAUACAGUAACUACAAGUUUUAUCUGCCUAGAGACAACACACCAAACUAUUCACAUUAAACUCAUAACUUUUUAAGCUGCUCUUGUUUUUCUACUACCUUUGCCUAUUAUUCCGUGAAGCUGCUGUUUUAUUUAGUCACUAUAAUGGUACCCGUGGAACCAGCAGCCUCUGUUUUCCCACUUGUGUCUCCCACAUUGUUGCUUCUCAUGUCUUAAGGCUGAAAUUUAAGUAUCAGACUUUCAAGUAAAGAAAAAAGUGGGGGAAAUUAUUUAUCCCAACCCAGCUUCUGAUUUUGAAAGAUUCAUCAUAAUCCAAUACUAAGCCAUACUGUUUGGUACAGUUGCACUUAUAACAAUUAUUUUUUUAAGAUAUUAAAGUUAUUAAAAAUAAUUUUCAAUCAUUUCCUAAAGUAAAACAAUCUGUAAUAGAAACUGAUAAAAAAAAAUGCAUAUAUAUUGUUGCCAACAAUCCGAUUUUAUUGUGGAAAUUCAUGAAUUUAAGGAUUACAUGAAAAAUACAGAGAUACAGCUACUGUGAUUCCUGUAUGUUUUCUGUAGACUGGGACAGUUGUCUUAAAGUUCGAUCUAUUUUAUCCAUUACUCACUAUUGUCUUUAUCUUGUGUAUAAUUUAUGGUGAAGAUAUGCUACUGCUAAAGAAAUUUGCAAACCACUGCCAUGGUGUGUGACUGCGGUGUUGCAAUAAAGUAUUUGAAUGGAUUUAAUAAAGAAAUAAAAGAAAGGAUCAAAGUGCAGACUAUUGAUAAUUAUACCAAGCAACUGGAUGUACAAACUCAAACCCUUUCACACUGUACAGAGAAAAAAUAUAAGCUUUCAUUAUUUUGUAAAUCUGUAUAUUUUAAAGAACAUUGAUGCAUCUGUUGCAUUGUUCCUUUUUGUUUUAGAGUGCACAUUGUCUAGAUUUCAUACACUGCUCUUCACUUUGGUUAAAUACGUUUCUAUGUGCAGAUUUAAAACUCUAUUUUUAAAGGUCUGAUAGACAACUGCUGCUGGUCAUCAUCUUAUUUUCGUCUUGUCUUUGUUUCAUUACUUGGUUGCAGCCAUGCCUCAUCAGAUAACAUUCUUAGUUUGGGCUGCUGUGUGUUUGCACCACGACUCUUUACCAUGUUGGCAAAAAGAGCAGCAUAGUGGCAAACACAUUAACUCUCCAAUAACUGUGGCUGCUGCAUAUUAUUUAUGCAUUUGUUCUUCACUGUGAUGUUGCGCUGUAAGUGAUUGAGUUUUUUCAUCUACAUUUUGUGAUUUCUUACCUCACCUUUGCAUUGUGUUUUUCUGAGAAAACUCACAUUUGCUUAUGUUUUGAAUCAUUCUUUCAUUCUUGAUGAUGCAGAAUUUUUGUCCCCACAUUAAAGGGGUUUGAGAACAGCCAACUACAUUCAUUUUGGGCUUUAGUGCUGUGAUUGGAGAAAUAUUUGAUGUGGGACAGCCCAUGUGUGUUACUUUUGUGUUUUAGUGGCUACUGGAUGAUUACAUGAUGUGAAGCUUUCUAUCUUUUCUGUGUGCAACAGCAGUAAUGCACCCUUGACUGUUUCAUUUGCCCUGCACAUACCACAAAUGUUGUUGUUAAAUAAAGUUGCCAUCUUGUAUUGAG